AUGAAGGCCGCCGCGCAGAAGGCCGCCGCGGCCAGCAAGGCCGCCGCGAGCAAGGCCGCCGCGGGCAAGGCGGCCGGCGGCAAGGCGUCCGGGUUGAAGAAGAAGGCGGCCGCGACGGCCAAGGGGUCGGCGCUGGGCAGGGUGGUGGCGGCCAAGCAGGCGGCCGCGACGUGGGCGGAGGCCGUCAAGGCCAAGGCGGGCAAGGGGGAGGGCAGGGGGAGGGGAGGGGCGGAGGGCAAGGGGACGGCGAAGGGCGGCGAGGCGGACGUCUUCAACCCCAGCUUCGUGUCAUCCCUGAUCCAGGGCAGCCGGGAGCUUGUGGCCAGGGACGGGUCCCAGCAGGUCGCCGGUCUGGCAAACGCGGAGGAAGGGGCAAAGGAUAAGAAAGAGCUUUUGCGUGCCAUGGUGGUUGUGGACAGCCUUCAAAGGCAGCUUGACAGUGAGGGGUCCGCCCGAAAGAGAAUGAUACACAAGUUGAAGAAGGAGCAGAAGAGGGCGAAGCUAAUGUGUGAGAUUUUGCGUGAGCAGCAGGCCAUGUUCCUUUAUGAAUCCAAUGAUGCUCCUCAGGACAAUGCGGGCGAUGGUUCGGAUUCUGGGCUGUCUAGCAGCAUGCAGCGUAAUGGUGCGGUCAACGAGAUUGCUGCCAAGAUUCAACGCAUUGAAAAAGAAGUCAAGGAUCGAGAGUCUCAGAUGCAAGAAUUGGAGUCUGUCCAGAUCGAAUUUGAAAAGGAUGCUGACAACUUGAGACAGACAGUACAUGGCACCCUCAAGGAGCUUGGUGCUCGUGGAGCCGAGAGUGCCACUGUUCGUAAAGAAAUAGAAGGGCUGAGGGCUGCAGUGAAGGGCAGUCUGGACAAGAUUAGGAGACGUGAGGAAGAGAAGGAGAGGAAGAUAGCACGACAGCAACAGGCUCGUGACGAGUUUUUCUUGACCAGACUCUCAGAGGUCGAGGCGCGUGCGGCAGCAGCUGAAAGGGAGCUUGGAGCUGUCACCCAUGGAGUCGGACGGCUGGACUCAACUUUAAUGAGAGCAGAAUCCAGGCUGAUGGGCAACGACGCCCUGGGGGUUUCAUCCCCCAUCCGGACGUCACCUCACAUGUCCCGUGCCGCCUCUCCGCUGCGGGGCACUUGCGCUCUCACCUUUGCCGGCUCCCAGGGGGCCUUCCGCCCCACAACAGCCACCCACUGCGACUUUCACCACCCGCCGUCCAGGUGCUGUUGCAGCCACGCAGGGGCCGGCAGCCCCGGCUGGCAAUCCUCCCCAGCCUCGCCCCGAAGCUUCAGCCCGUUGAGCCACUCACCGGCGGGGUGGAGCGACGUGCCCCAGUACUGCGCGUCCAGGCGUUGCCCCACGAAUCACGGCUUUGAUCCCGGGGCCCAGGGGAUGACGGAUUCCACUCGGCAGCGACACGCGCCUGGAAGAAGCGUGUCUUUCCAGGAGGGCCACCACGAAAGCGUAAAUUUCGAGAACGACAGCAGGAGGGGCAGGGCGAUAACAAUUCCCACCACCACGACCAUGAAUUCCAGCUACUGGGACGCGGCGCCUAAGAGCGGCGUUGGCGGAGAGGGAGCUGAAACGGGAACAAGUCGAAUGCCCAAUGGAGAAACUUGCAGCCCGCAGGACGGCGGCCAGCAGCGAGAAGCAACGCCGCUGGAGUCGCAAGCAUCUACAGGACGGGACACAUCUCAUCCUGAAUGCACCCCGAACACGGUGGGAAGGAACACACACACUGACCCUCGGCACGCGGCAGGACCCACGCUGUCACAAGGCACUGAUGAGUUACCUCCGGGCGCCAGCCGGGGGCUCGACAUAAAGUCAGCCACCGACGUCCUUAAAGGUGCCUUGGAGGACGUCAGAUCGCAGCUGAACUCGGGCGAGGGGGAUGCCCACUUGCUGGCAAGGCUGGAGGACUUCAUGGGGAAGCUCCAUGAAAUUGAAGGUGAGCACGACGCAAAGGUCCGCAGUCUGGAGAGCGAAUGGAGCACGAGGUUGGCGAGGGCCGAGGAGCGGCUGGCGCAGUCCCUCGAGGUGGGCAAGCCAUGGCGUCGCGUCAAGCAUCAUGGCCUAAUCCCUGCUGGAGAAGCAAACACACAAAAAGGUUGCAUUUGUUGCAGCAGGACACAUCAAUGCCCUGUGCCGAAUGCGCAAGCCGGGAUAGCACAGGUUCCAGCAGGAAAUCGGCCUGCAUGCAGCAACACCAGGACCUGUAGAUACAAGUGCUCGCAAACCACGGAGAAGGCCAUUCUUGUGGGAAGGAAAACGCAAUGGGAGCGCGUUGCAGCUGGAGAUAUUUGGAAACAGACAGGAUUGGCACCGUUGCUAAGUUACAAUAACCAUGCAUGGCCCAAAUCGUGCACUGUGCGCAUCAGUCGGAAUCCAUGCCAACGAAACGUAGGCGCAGAAACGAAUGCCGCAACAGGCGCCAUUAUCAGCGUCGCACAAACCCAGUUGUGCGAACACAAGCCACCGCAAAGCUGUGCACGAUAG